AUGAAUGAUGAUAGGAUGUUAAGAUGUCCCGGAUUUUACGACGAUGUGGCAAAUUGGAUACAUACUGAUGAAUCCUAUUAUUUAGUUUUCAUGUAUCAUGCAAGAUCCAAACAUCUUUUUAUACAACAAAUAAAGGACUAUUAUGCAUUAUUUCGCUGA